GCCCAUCACAAUUCACACGCAAUUAACCCCAAUAUAAAACCCUAGACCCCUUCUUCCGCUUCCACCGCCAUCUUCUCUCUUUCUUCAAUCGCUGCCGGAAACAAUGGCGAAGAACAGCAAGAGGAAGUCUCGUGCAUCCGACAACGACGCCGAUCAUGUUCCUUCAUCUGUUCCAGUAAAAAAACCUAAAGAGGAAACCGAACAGUUGUUGUCCAAUGCUGUUGCUGUUGCUGUUGAACUUCCGGCUGCUGUUGACGGAGACUCUCCGGCGAGAAGCUCUGGCCGGAAAUCUGUGAGUAAGAAGGAGGAAGCUUUGGUGGAAGAUGAAGAGGAGUCGAAAUUUGUUGGUGAUCCGGUUCCUAAUGAUGAAGCUAGACGACGGUGGCCUCAUCGUUACAUUGCAAAAAAAAAGACAGCAACUAUUGAUAGUACAGAAAUUCCAAAGGGGAGUGAGCCCCCGAAAGAGUUUAUACAAGCCAAAAAGCAUUAUACUGAAGCUCUCAUUGACGGGCGAGUGCAUUUUAAACUUUUUGAAGACUGCUAUGUCCAGGCUGGUGAGGGCGAAGAUAAUUACAUAUGCAGAGUUGUUGAAAUGUUUGAAGGAGUAGAUAAGAAACCUUAUUUUUGUGCUCAGUGGUUUUAUAGAGCCAAAGAUACGGUCAUUCAGGCUUGUUCUAACCUUAUUGAUGACAAACGUAUAUUCCUUUCUGAAAUAAAGGAUGACAAUCCUCUUGAUUGUCUUGUGGAAAAGCUUAAAAUUGUGCGGGUUCCGUUAGAUGUGGAUGUUGCUACUAAAAGAGAUAUGCUUUCAAAUGGAAAUUACUAUUAUGACAUGCUGUAUUCGGUACCAUUUUCAAGUUACCAAAAGUUACCAACAGAUACAUAUAAUGAAGGAGAUGGAAACGAGUCUGAUUCAACCGUAUCUUCUGAGUCUGACUCUAAUUUAACCGGUAUUAAAGACUCCAAAGUCAAUGAGGUCAAAGGAACUGAGAUGAGAAUGCUAGACCUUUAUUCAGGGUGCGGUGCGAUGUCUACAGGGCUUUGCUUGGGUGCUAAUAUGGCAAAUGUUAAUCUUGUUACGAGAUGGGCUGUCGAUUUGAACAAAUACGCGUGUGAAAGCUUGAAGCUGAAUCAUCCAGAGACAGAGGUGAGAAAUGAGACGGCAGAUGAUUUUUUGUUGUUGUUAAAAGAGUGGGAAAAGCUUUGCCAGUCGUUUUCAUUGGUUGCUGGCGGGGAUCCUAUGAGCGUUGAGAAAGAAGAAACUGAAAACGCAGAGGACGAUGGUGAUGAUGAAGACGACGAUGAUGAUCUUGGCGAGGAAGUGUUUGAAGUCGAAAAGAUUUUGUCUAUUUGUUAUGGUGACCCGAAAGAAAUCAAGAAGCGUGGGCUGUACCUCAAGAUCCGUUGGAAAAACUAUGGUCCUGAAGAAGACACUUGGGAACCUAUAGAUGGCUUGGGUGAUUGUCAGGAGAAGAUUAAGAAGUUUGUCGUGGAUGGGUUCAAAUCGAAGCUUUUACCAUUACCCGGGGAUGUGGAUGUUAUCUGUGGUGGACCCCCUUGUCAGGGCAUAAGUGGAUUCAAUCGCUUUAGGAAAAAAGAUGAUCCAUUAAGCGAUGAAAAAAAUAAACAGCUUGUAGUCUACAUGAACAUUGUAGAGUAUUUAAAACCAAGAUUUGCAUUGAUGGAAAACGUUGUAGACAUAGUUAAGUUUGCAAAAGGGUUCCUUGGACGAUAUGCUUUGGGCCGCCUUGUUUCAAUGAACUAUCAAGCCCGUAUAGGCUUGAUGACAGCAGGCUCUUAUGGACUCCCACAGUUCAGGAUGAGAAUGUUCAUGUGGGCCGCCAGGCCCAACGAGAAAUUACCUGGAUAUCCAUUACCAACACAUAAUGUGGUUACAAGGGGAGCCUUUCCUUUGGAAUUUGAGUCAAAUGCUGUUAUUCAUGAUGAUGUCAAAGCCGCUGAGUUGGAAAAGGAACUGUUUCUCGGUGAUGCAAUUUCUGAUCUUCCACCGGUGGCAAAUGAUGAAGAAAGAGAUGAAAUUCCUUACGGGGAUAUGCCUGCGACAGAAUUCCAGAAGUUUAUAAGACUCAAGAAGGAAGAUAUGCCUGGAUUUUCUGGUGUAACUGUGGGUUCAUCAGAACAUCUUCUGUAUGAUCACCGUCCAUAUAAAUGUAACGAUGAUGAUUAUCAGCGUGUCUGUCAAAUUCCCAAGAGAAAGGGUGCAAAUUUCAGGGAUCUGAAAGGUGUUCGGGUUCGUGAUGACAAUCAUGUUGAAUGGGACCCUGAUGUGGAGAGGGUAUAUUUACCUUCAGGAAAACCAUUGGUUCCUGAUUAUGCCAUGAGUUUUGUAGACGGACGAUCAUCAAAACCAUUUGGACGUCUUUGGUGGGAUGAAAUUGUACCUACUGUCGUCACCAGGGCAGAACCUCACAAUCAGGCCAUUCUCCACCCUCUUCAAGAUCGAGUUUUAACAAUUCGUGAGAAUGCAAGGCUUCAGGGGUUUCCUGACUACUAUAAACUUCUUGGUCCCAUCAAAGAAAGAUAUAUACAAGUUGGAAAUGCAGUGGCUGUUCCAGUUGCACGAGCAUUAGGCUACUCUCUAGCAAUGUCAUGUAAAGGUACUGCUGUUGAAGGGCCUACUUUCAUUUUGCCAAAGAAGUUUCCGAGUUUAGAAGCCGUUGCAUCUCCUGCUCUGAUACUUGACGAAGAUCAAUAACCGUCAACCCGAUUUAGACAUGGAGAUUAUUUAUGCAUCGAGUUAUUGUGUAAUGUUAAACUUCUUAAUUUAAGAAAGAUUAUCUUGAUUGUGUAAUGGUCAACUUGUUAACUUUCAUGUUGAUCCUGUCACUCAUUUUUGCUAAUCAAAAUCUAAAAUGCUUUAAUUGUU